AGAAGAUGGCAAAUGUUAAGUGCGAGGUUGAGUUGCCACUUAGUUUAAGAAAUGUGCUUCGUUAUGUCUUGGCUCUAAUCGUUCUCUUAGUCGCUUGCAAUAUCACCCACUCCCUCCUUAGACCAUUAUCUCAACCUCGCAUCAUCUCUGAACUCAUUGUUGGAUCAGUAUUUGCACAUUUAUUGCCAUUACUCCCAGAGAUUCCAUCAUUGGUGUUUCAUACAAUGGAGACUGUUACACAGAUAGGUAUGAUCUUCUACCUCUUUGUGUUGGGCCUAGAGAUGGACAUCUAUGUACUCUUCCAUCGACCCACACUGGAAGCCUGGCUCACCUACACCGGCAUCCUAUCGACAUUAGUUGUGGCCUCAAUUCUCAUUCCAUUCUUCAACAUGCCACCAUCUAAGAGAUUCAAAUUUGUCUUCUCCCUCUCCAUCAGUCUCUCCAACACCGCGUCUCCCGUCUUAACCCGACUCAUCACCGAUCUUAAGAUCGGGAAAUUGGAUAUCGGCCGUGUCGCCAUCGACGCCGGCAUGCAUUCCGACAUGGUUACUACCCUACUUAUCUCCAUGGGCUUGGUGUUUGAUCCACCUUCUUCUAUAGUGGUGCUUGAACGGUUUGUGGCAUUGGGUUUGCAUUUGUUGAUGGUAUUAAAGUUGCUGAACCCUGUUGUGGAUUGGAUCAAUGAUAGGAACCCACAUGGGAAGCCCAUGAACAAUUCACAUUUGGUUGUUGCACUUACCCUUAUGGGCCUUGUUUGUGCAUGGGGCCCAUUACAAUUUGUUAGCCCAUCCGCGAGCGCGUUCUUGACUGGGCUCGCCAUACCAAGAGAAGGAAGGGUUCCAAAGAUGAUGAUCAACAAAAUCAACUACUUCUUGAAUGCCCUUGUCUUCCCUAUCUACUUCUGUUGGGUAGGGAUGCAAAUUGAUUUCAAGGGGUUUGCAUAUAAGCAGACAUGGAUGGGCCUUCUUCUGAUUUUGGCGAUCACGACGUGCGGAAGAGUGCUCGGAACCUUGGUCUGUGGUGGGCAGUCUGGGUUGAAUUGGGUGGCUUCGGUUGGGCUUGGAUUGCUUUUGAGUAUCAAAGGUCAUUUCUACAUUUACAGUAUAGUAUCUGCUGUUGAACGGCACACCUUGAGUCAUGAAGACUUCGUGGUGAUGAUACUGGUCACCAUCUUCUCCAUCCUCUACAUCCCCUUGGUCGCAUUAUUCCUCAUUAAGUGGGGCCAUAUCCAACACCAAAUGGGGCUUCAAUGGCUCGACCCAUCAAACGAUCUACGUAUUUUGCUCUGCCUCAAUGGAACUCACAAUGUCUCUACUGCCAUCAAUAUCCUAGAGAUCUCUCGAGGUUUAUCAGGUGUCACCGUUUUCGCAACCGACAUGAUCGAACUUACUUCCCGGAUUGUUGCCACUGUUGCCGCCACCGGUGAAGGUUUGAAUGCUGUAACUGUUGGUGAUGAAAUGGUUGUGAACAUGCGAGAACAGAUCACGAAUGCGUUUGAUACAUACAUAAGACAGAGCGGUGAAGGGAUAACACUGUAUCGGUCUCUCAUCGUCUCCUCAUUCGGUAAUAUGCAUGAAGAGAUCUGCAAUUUUGCUGAGAAUUCCCAUGCUUCUAUCAUUAUCUUGCCCUUUCAUAAAUACCAGAGAGUGGAUGGGAAGAUGGAAGAUGGUCACAUUGGGUUCAGACGAGUAAACCGUAAGGUGCUACGACAUGCUCCAUGUUCCGUGGGGAUAUUUGUAGACCGUGGCUUUAGAUUGAUCAACAAAGUUACAACUUCUUAUGUAUCCCUAAACGCAGCGGUGAUCUUCAUCGGUGGCAAAGACGAUCGCGAAGCACUAGCUUAUGCAAGACGAAUGGCAUAUCACCCUGGAAUUAACCUAACUGUUAUCAGAUUCCUACUCGACACAAAUCCGGCGGUUACCUCAACCGUGGGUAGCAGCAGCACCAGAAUUACUGUGCACAACACGCCGGAGAUAGAAGAAGAGAUGAAGCUUGACGACGAAUGCUUUGCUGAGUUCUACGAGAGUUGUGUGGCUGACGGCAAGGUUCGAUACACAGAGAAGUAUGUGGCAAAUUCGCUUGAUACUGUCAAUGUUUUAAGUAGACUAGAAGAAAUGUAUUCACUCUUCAUUGUGGGAAGAGCAGGUCGAGUGAAUAAGACAUUGACGACCGGAAUGAAUGAUUGGGAUGAUUCUCCGGAAUUAGGACCUGUCGGUGACAUUCUUGCAGCUUCUGAUUUCUCAAUCAUGGCGUCCGUUUUAGUUAUCCAACAGUAUAGUGUUAAGGGAGAAGUCACAUACGGCCUUGACGAUGAUGAUUUCAUAAUCAAGUAA